CGGAUUAAAGAACACUUGUAUAAUACCCGAAACCUAUUUAAGAAGCCUGGCUGGCUGUGGGAUGAUGUGUGGGAUAAAUAUUUGGCCUAUUGGGACACUCAUGAAUUUAAGAAGAAGAGUGAAAAAGAAAAGAAAGGCCGGAGCUUCUCAAAAGGGUGGCUUGUUGCACACCGGAGGUUCCAUGAAUUUCGCGGGCCACCGACGAAGACUGCAAAAGUUAAAUGGGGGAGAGGUUGUCCCUCUUUUUGAGGUCUUCGAGGAGACACAUGAGAAGAAGAAGGAGGAGGAGGACAGUACAGGAGAAAGUUGGGUUGAGCCACGUGCUAAGAAGAGAUAUGAAGGAUUUCAAAAAAGUUUGGAACAUUGGCGUCAGACCCAGCCUGCUUCAGAGGAUGGUACCGCAAUUCGACCAUCGCCCGUGGAUAUGACUUCAAUAUGGACACAGGUGGCAGGUGGUCUAAGCAAAGGUAGAGUCUACGGGCUUGGAGUUCUGUGUUCCUCAUCUAGUCCUUCGCCAUUGUUAUCCAAUGCUUCUACUAUCCAAUGCUUCUACUUCACAAAAUACGGAAGAAAUGGAAGCGAUGCAAAGGCAAAUUGCGGAGCGGAAGCAAAAGUGUGAAACUUUUGAUGCUAAGCUUGCUAAAAUUGAGAAGUUUAUGAGGAAGCACAUGUCUGAUGAUGAGGAAGAGACCGAAUCCGAUGACAGUUAGAUUAUAGUUGCUGGUUAUUGUUUUUGAUCGUGACUUUAGACUUUAAGUUUCUCGUGGUUGUUUGUUUGGGAUGUUUAUACUAUUUCGAAUUUGACGUUUGUUUAGGAUGUUUCUAAUGUUUAGACUAUUUCUUCAUGUUUGAUUGGUUGCUUUAACUGUUAUAGUUGUUUGGUUGAA